AUGCCUACUACUACCAAAAGAUGGGGCAGCAAAAAUGCUGUCAACACUGAGAAGCUUGUGUUCAGACAUGAGUUCCCGAUCAAGCGGUUCUGCAGGCUGGAAAGGCUCCGAGGUGCGCUCGGAGAUAUCUUUGGCUCAGAUGAUUGUAUUAUCGAGUCCAAUGGAAAGAAUUUUGUCAUCAAGGUUGGAAGAAGGGUUAAUCUCGAGAACGAAUUGAAGACACGUGGUGUCAUCUUCAACUCUAUGGGGACAGCGUGGGCUAUAAGCUUCUUCCAGUUGUUUGAGUAUAUCCACUACUAA